AAACUGCAAUUCAUCGGUUACCUAAUCGGUGUGAUAUCAGUACGAAUUAAGAAUGGUAUCGUUGUUUUAUUUUUAUCUUGCCAAACGGGGACACGUUGGUCAGCUUCUUAUCGGUUUAUCGGUGAUAUGCAGCGCCCCGGCAUGCAACUACGAACACGCAUUCAGUUGACGCGUUUCGUUCAGUUUGCGUUUUGCGCUCGGUUCGAAAUGUUCGUGUCCAGCUUGUUGCUGAGCGGAUUGUUUUACCACCAUCCGCUGGUGGCAGUGCCGCUGAUUGCCCUCGUCGCGCUGCUUUACUGGCUGGUGAAGCAUAACUACAAGUUCUGGGAGAUCGAUGGGGUGCCGUAUCCGAAACCGUCGCUGCUAACGGGCAAUCUGGGCCCUUCGCUAGCGCUCAAGAAACACAUCUCCGAGCUGGCGAGCGAUUGGUACAAUGCCUAUCCGGACAAACCGUUCGUGGGUUACUUUAAAAUAUUCACCCCAGCCAUCAUGGUGAAGGACCCAGUGCUGGUGAAAAACAUCCUGAGCCGUGAUUUCGAUUGCUUUGCCAACAACGAUUUCCUGCUGGACGUGCGGCAGGACCCGCUGCUAUCGCACGACCCCUUCCUGGUGACCGGCGAGCGGUGGAAGCGUUCCCGCAGCCUGCUGACGCCAUCGUUUACCGGGGCCAAGAUAAAGCAACUCUUCCCGGUGAUGGAAUCGGUGGCCGAUGCGUUCGUGACCUUUAUCGGGCGUCAUGUGGCCCAGGAGCUCGAGGCUAAAGAGAUAGCUGCCCGGUUUACCACGCAGAAUGUCGUUGCGUGUACGUUCAGCAUCGAUGGCGAUUGCUUUGGGGAGCAGGAGAGCGAGUUUCGGCGCAUGGGAAGGCGCGUGUUCGAAACGUCACCCAUGGCCACGGUGAAGACGAUGAUGGCCGUGUUUCUGCCAACGGUGGCGAAGUACAUCCCAGUGCCCUUUUUGCUAAAGGAUGUUGAUGAGUGGAUUCGAUCGCUUGUGGCUAAUCUCAUCAUUCAACGAUCGGCUUCAGAGAAGACCGUGCAGGAAGAUUUACUUCAAUCUUUCCUCAAAAAUAGAGAAAAGAGUAAUGCCACUCAGACGGAAAUUACAGCUCACGCGCUCACCAUCUUCCUGGAAGGUUUCGAAACAUCCAGUGUGGUGCUUGGCUUUGCCCUAUACAGACUCGCAAAAAGCCCCGAAGUGCAGCAAAACUUGUACAACGAGGUGAAGAAACGGAUCGACGCAAACGGUGGCCAGCUGGACUUUGAUGCCCUGCAGCAACUCGAAUACCUCGACUGGGUGAUGCUGGAAACGCUGCGCAUGCAUCCACCGGCCGCAACGAUGCACAAAGUGUGCACCAAAAAGUACAUCAUGCGAAAGGGCUUCCGGGACGAGCAGGGGCACGACAUGAGCAUAUACGUGCGCGAAGGCACACCCAUCCUUAUUCCCGUCCUUGCAAUACACAUGGACCCGAAGUACUAUCCCGAACCGCACCAGUUCGACCCGGAACGGUUCAGCCCGGCCCGGAAGGUGACGCACGAGGGUGCGACGUUUUUGCCCUUUGGCGAGGGGCCAAGGAUGUGCCUGGGGAUGCGAUUCGCUCAGGCCCAGGUGAAGCUGGCGAUGGUGAAGCUGAUUCUAAACUAUCGCGUGACGGUCGGGCCGAACGAUAAACCGUUCGCAAUUGAUUCGCGCUCGUUCGUUUAUCAGGCACGGGAUGGUUUGCGGAUUGUGUUUGAGCGGCGAUAGGGGGCUUAGUGUGUAGGUUAGUGCUGUGCGGUAGUACUGUAGGUAUGAUAUGUUUUAUGCUUACAAUAAAUGAUGAAAAGUA